GAAAUGAAGCCCAUGCCCGUCAAGGCCGACUAACCACCACUAGGUCCGGACUAGUGAGUUGUGGUCGUGGCCGUGGUCGUGGGCGUCGCACUCCGUCAGCCCGUCCGUCCGUCCUACUCCGUCCGGGACCCCCAACCUGUCACUUUUCUAGCUCUCACCGUAGCACUCACUAGCAUCACUAGCAGCGCGGCCAAACAAGGCCUUGUCCGAACAAUGGGAGGCUUUCCCGUACGCCUGAUACUGUUGAGUAUUCCAUGGUCCAGUCCGGACCAGGCCCGGGUGGGGUUUGGGCCUCCCAGAGUGGGACAAUGUGUCGUGGACCAGAUCGCUAGUCCCCUCCACUUCACGCAAGGGGUCGCGAGGGAGGUGCUGCAGUCCCGCAGGAAGAAGGUUCCCGGGCCUAUCGUCUGCGCGCCCCUCCGUCAGCCGAGCAUGAACAGCUGGAAUGAUAGGGCUUGUCAGUCAAAUGACAGUCGCCCUUCCCCCUCCCUCCUGCCCUCUCCUCUCGCUGGAAAAGAAACGAUGAACCAGCGGUGAGGCCUGGAGGUGUGGCAUUCUGGCUGCUCAGAGUUCGUGCCCUUGCGCCCGAGAUCCUGUUCCACGACU